AUGCAGUCUGUCCCGGAGUCCCGCACACAGACCUUCGAGGAGAUCUACGGACCUCCAGAGAACUUCCUGGAGAUCGAAGUCCGCAAUCCUCAAACACAUGGCACAUCACGGAAUAUGUACACCUCCUAUGAAAUCGUCUGCCGCACCAAUAUCCCCGCCUUCAAACUGAAACACUCCAUCGUACGCCGCCGCUACUCCGACUUCGAGUACUUCCGCGAUAUCCUCGAGCGCGAGAGCACGCGUGUCACGAUCCCCCCGCUGCCGGGCAAGGUCUUCACAAACCGAUUCAGCGACGACGUCAUCGAACAUCGCCGGGAGGGACUUCAGCGGUUCCUGCAGAUCGUGGCGGGACACCCCUUGCUGCAGACAGGAAGUAAAGUGCUGGCUAGUUUCAUACAGGAUCCGAAUUGGGACCGGAAUGCAUGGUAG